AUGUGCAACGCAAUCGUAUGCCAGUCGCACAACGCUCGAAGCGCCUGUUCCCACGAAACAAACAUGGGGCCUAGCAAGGUCAACGGUGCUCAAGUUUCCUUGGCACCCCUGGGCAGCGCUCGCCCCUUGCCUCGCUUCGCCCAACCUCCAAAUUUCAUGGCCCAUAAGCUGUUCCACUUCCAAAAGAAGAAGUUGGGUCUGAAAGCAGUCAAGCCAUGGAAAUACUGCAGCCCUCUUGGGUUUUCGGGGCCCAUGCCGUCAGCAAUGCUGACACUGGCCAAAGCUGCAAAAUGCAGCCACAAGCUGCAACGCACACUGUUCUCUGGUCAUGCUACAAAGCUGCGCAGGAUUCUAAGCACAUGUGAGCAAGCGCUUCCAAUUGUUUUUGUUGACUUUGCGCGGAUCUCAGAAUGCGACAUUGCCGCGUGCUCCUGGCCCUUUGCGCUGCCAGGACAGUCCUGUGGUGUUUUUUUUUGCGGCUUUGCCAGGCUAGAGCUGUUUGGCCCUUUGCGCUGCCAGGACAGUCCUGUGGUGCUUUUUUUGCGGCUUUGCCAGGCUAGAGCUGUUUGUCACAAAGACUUGACCGAAUUCAAGGCAGUGUGGAAAAAGAAGAAUAACUGA